AAUUUUAUUACAAAGUUUCUUUCUUCUUACACAUCUUUGUCCUAAACCUCACGCCACCGCCAAAGCUAACACUUUUCCUCUCUUUACCUUUUUUCCUUUCUAUUUUUUGUUUCUAAAUUAAUAAGUUUGGAAUAUUAGUCUUUUGACGGAGAAUGGAUCUCACGCGGAGACAUUGGUCUUUGUCGGCGAUUCUCCUCUCGGCAGCACUCGCGACGCUGCUGAUUUCGCCGCGGUUAUCAGCGGCGGCGACGGAGAACUUGGCAUUCCAAGUCCGAAGCAAGUUCGCCGGGAAAAGAGAAAAAGAUCUCAGAGCCCUCAAAGCUCACGACGCUCACCGUCACGCCAGACUCCUCUCCGCCAUCGAUCUCCCUCUCGGCGGCGAUAGCCAGCCUGAGUCCACCGGUUUAUACUUUGCUAAAAUCGGACUUGGAACUCCAUCAAGAGACUACCAUGUCCAAGUCGAUACAGGAAGUGACAUCUUAUGGGUGAAUUGCGCCGGAUGCAUCAGUUGUCCUAGGAAAAGUGAUUUGGUAGAUCUAACACCUUAUGAUUCAGGUGCUUCCUCCACCGCAAAGUCUGUUUCUUGUGACGACAGCUUCUGCUCAUACUUUAACCAAAUAUCUGAAUGCCACUCAGGCUCCACUUGCAAAUACAUCAUCCAAUACGGAGAUCAAAGCUCCACUAGUGGUCACUUAGUGAGAGAUGUUAUGCAUUUGAACUUGGUUACUGGUAACCGUCAGACCGGUUCUACCAACGGAACCAUCAUCUUCGGGUGCGGGUCUAAACAGUCUGGUCAGCUAGGUGAAUCCGUCUCUGCAGUUGAUGGGAUAAUGGGAUUUGGACAGUCCAAUUCAUCUUUUAUAUCUCAGUUAGCUUCACAAGGGAAGGUGAAAAGGACUUUUGCACAUUGCUUGGAUAACAAAAAUGGAGGUGGUAUCUUCGCCAUUGGAGAAGUCGUGUCACCGAAAGUGAAGACUACUCCUAUGCUCUCUAAAUCAGCUCACUAUAGUGUUAGCCUCAAUUCAAUUGAAGUUGGUAACUCAGUUUUGCAACUUUCUUCCGGAGCAUUUGAUUCUGGAGAUGACAAAGGAGUCAUUGUUGACAGUGGUACUACUUUGGUCUAUCUCCCCACCGCUGUUUAUAAUCCGUUAAUCAAUGAGAUCUUGGCUUCACAUCCAGAGCUCAACUUGCAUAAGGUUCAAGAUGCCUUUACUUGUUUCCGUUAUACCGACAAUUUAGAUCGGUUCCCACCUGUGACAUUUCAGUUCGACAAGUCUGCUUCCUUGACAGUGACUCCUCGGGAUUAUCUAUUCCAAAUUCAAGGAGACACAUGGUGUUUAGGCUGGCAAACCGGUGGAUUGCAGACUAAAGAUGGAGGAGAAUUGUCAAUUCUUGGAGAUAUGGCGCUUUCUAACAAGUUAGUUGUCUACGACAUCGAAAACCAAGUUAUUGGAUGGACCAAUCACAACUGCUCAGGAGGAAUACAAGUGAAGGAUGAACAAAGUGGAGCAGUCUACACAGUUGGUGCACACAAUCUCUCAUGGUCUUCUUCUUUAGCUGUUUCUAAACUUCUUACAAUUGUUUCUCUCUUAGUUCUUUUCCUCUCUAACAUUGCUUUAUAGCCUUGGUAAGAAGACAAGUUUGUUCGCUGUGUUUGUGUUGUUAUUAGUAAAAGGAUCUGAUUCCCAUUUGUUGAAACAA